CUCUCGCGGCGUCGCUUUCGCCGGACACCACCACCAGCCGCUUUCCCCUCCCCUCCCCUCCCAUUCCCGUUCGCACCACCACCGCUCCCAUCCUCGCCUCCCCGCCCGGACCCCAGCGCCCGAUUGGGGCAUCCGCCUGAUUGGCCCUCCACAGCAGCACGCAGCAGCAGCAGCAUUUGAUUCCCUCUCUCUUUCUCUCUCUAUCUCUCUCUCUAUCCCCCCGACGAGCGCGGCGCACCUGCGACUGCGAGGAGGCCCCGGUCCCGGUCGCGGCGGCGGCGGCGGCGUCCUUCUUCCGUGCCGUACUCUCAUGAUGUACCAUGCUAAGAACUUUUCUGUGCCCUUUGCACCACAGAGGGCUCAGAAUAGUGAGCAUGUAAGUAAUAUUGGAGCUUUCGGUGGAUCCAACAUAAGCAACCCUGCUAAUCCUGUAGGGAGUGGGAAACAACGUCUAAGAUGGACUUCAGAUCUCCAUAGUCGCUUUGUGGAUGCAAUUGCACAACUUGGUGGACCAGAUAGAGCAACACCUAAAGGAGUACUCACUGUAAUGGGUGUACCGGGGAUUACAAUCUAUCACGUGAAGAGCCAUUUGCAGAAGUAUCGCCUUGCAAAGUACAUACCAGAGUCUCCUGCUGAAGGUUCCAAGGAAGAAAAGAAGGACUCUAGUGAUUCCCUCUCUAAUACAGAUUCUGCGCCGGGUUCACAAAUAAAUGAAGCAUUAAAGAUGCAAAUGGAGGUUCAGAAGCGGCUCCAUGAACAACUUGAGGUUCAAAAGCAAUUGCAGUUGAGAAUCGAAGCUCAAGGGAAGUAUUUGCAGAUGAUCAUAGAGGAGCAGCAAAAGCUUGGUGGCUCACUUGAAGGUUCUGAGGAGAGGAAGCUUUCACAUUCACCACCAAGCUUAGAUGACUACCCUGACAGCAUGCGGCCUUCUCCCAAGAAACCAAGGUUGGAUGAUCUGUCACCUGAUGCAGUCCGGGGUGUAACCCAGCCAGGGUUUGAAUCCCAUCUGGUCGGUCCAUGGGAUCAAGAACUUUGUCCCAAGAACAUAUGCGCUCCUGCAUUCCAAGUGGACGAGUUUAAAGCAGACCCUGGUUUGAGCAAGUCAUAAAAUAAAGCAAAGACUUCCUCAAAAAGGAAAUAUUUCUGAGUUAUUAACCUCCACGGAUGGUCGAUCGCAUGUGAAUAUAUAUCUCCUUAACAACAGAUUGAGUGCUGUAUGGACUUUCGGAUCUGCCCCGACCCCUUCAGCCACGACUAAGUGUUGUUUGUCAUUGUCGUAUUUUGCCAUACAGAUCUUUGUAAUUAUGACGAUGCUUCUGUUGGAAAUAUGAGCAAUUUACUGAA